AAGUUGUUUAUUCGAUAAUAAACAAGAUUAAAUAUUACAUAAAAAUGUGGACAAAAAAUUUGUAUUGUUGACCAGAAAUUAUUCUAACGUUUUUAAACAAAACUGUACUCUAUUCACAAAAUCAUAGUGUAUAGCAAUCAUAUACAACAUUGCGGCAAAAAGUAUAUGUUUAUUGGAAACAUAUUUAUGAUAGUUAAAAACGGCAUAACAUAUUUUGGAUAAACAUAUUUGUUGUUUUUUUUAAGAAUUUUUGAGUUAAUCUAUUUCGAAUUUCGUAGAAAUUUAAAAAAAAACUAUCAUGUCUAAUGAGUUUAAAUAUGUCUACCAAAUGGCAUCAACAUCUUUAAGCGAUAUUAAAAAUAUUGUAAAUACUUAUUUGGAAAAACGUAAAUAUGGAAAAUCCUAUAAUGACUUAAUUGAAGAAUAUAAAUUUCGUGAUUUAUUAAUCAAACCUGAAGCAAAAAUACCCGAUACAAUUAAAAAUGAGGAUUGUCGAAAAAUAUAUGUCUUUUAUUUUAAUCUGAAACUUUGUCAGCAAUUGAUUGAUUAUGUGAUCGACUAUACAAAUAAACACAAAGAAGAAAUUGAACAUGCUGAAGAGAUAUUAGUGGAUGAUAUAAUAAACGCAUUUAAUAUAAUACAAAGAGAUUAUGUUAAUAAAUGUAUUCUAGAAAUUGAAGAAAUAGUUCAGACCGAUUCAUGGCCAAAACCAAGUGUUAAUUUUGAUGAAAAUAUGGAAAGACGAGUACGUGAUUUUCUAGUUAUGAAAUUUUUAAUAAAUGAACUUACUAGAAUUUCAACAAUGUAAUAUAAAAUAAAGGUUUUUGUAAAA